CAGGGUAGACGCUAAAGACUUCGACAGUUCCACACAGAGCACUGCCAUUCAACUAGCACACCCUGCACACAGUCGGCACACAGCGGCAACACACAGCCCAGCAACAUGCGCGAGAUUGUUCACCUGCAGGCCGGACAAUGUGGGAACCAGAUUGGAGCAAAGUUUUGGGAGGUAAUCAGUGAUGAGCAUGGCAUCGACCCAACAGGAACCUACCACGGAGACCUUCCCCUCCAACUGGAGAGAAUCAAUGUCUAUUACAAUGAAGCUUCAGGAGGAACAUAUGUCCCAAGGGCCAUCUUGGUGGAUUUGGAGCCAGGCACAAUGGAUUCCCUUCGGUCUGGCCCCUUCGGCCAGAUCUUUAAACCUGACAGCUUUGUUUUUGGCCAAAGCGGGGCGGGCAACAACUGGGCCAAGGGACACUACACAGAGGGAGCCGAGCUAGUGGAGAGUGUUUUGGAUGUGGUUCGAAAGGAGGCAGAAGCCUGCGAUUGCCUGCAAGGGUUCCAGCUUACACACUCUUUGGGUGGCGGCACCGGCUCCGGGAUGGGAACCCUGGUCAUCAGCAAGAUCCGCGAGGAAUACCCCGACCGCAUCAUGAACACCUUUAGUGUGGUGCCUUCACCAAAGGUGUCCGACACUGUGGUGGAGCCCUACAACGCCACCCUGUCUGUCCACCAGCUUGUCGAGAACACAGAUGAAACCUACUGCAUCGAUAAUGAAGCCUUGUAUGACAUCUGCUUCCGCACCCUCAAACUAACCACGCCCACUUACGGAGACCUCAACCAUCUGGUCUCUGCCACCAUGAGCGGCGUGACAACCUGCUUGCGUUUCCCCGGCCAACUCAACGCAGACCUCCGCAAACUGGCCGUCAACAUGGUGCCCUUCCCUCGACUUCACUUCUUCAUGCCGGGCUUUGCCCCACUCACCAGCAGGGGGAGCCAGCAGUACCGAGCUCUCACUGUGCCUGAACUCACUCUGCAGAUGUUUGAUUCCAAAAAUAUGAUGGCCGCCUGCGAUCCCCGCCACGGUCGCUACUUGACCGUGGCUGCCAUUUUCCGCGGCCGCAUGUCCAUGAAGGAGGUGGACGAGCAGAUGCUGAAUGUGCAAAACAAAAACAGCAGCUACUUCGUCGAGUGGAUCCCCAACAAUGUCAAAACAGCCGUUUGCGACAUCCCGCCUCGCGGUCUUAAAAUGUCCGCCACCUUCAUCGGCAACAGCACCGCAAUCCAGGAGCUGUUCAAGCGCAUCUCUGAGCAGUUCACCGCCAUGUUCCGACGCAAGGCUUUCCUUCAUUGGUACACCGGCGAGGGCAUGGAUGAGAUGGAGUUCACGGAGGCAGAGAGCAACAUGAACGACUUGGUGUCGGAGUACCAGCAGUACCAGGAUGCCACCAUUGAGGAAGUGGACUUUGAGGAGGAGGAGGAGGCAGACGAGGAGGUGGUCUGAGCUUGCCUUUAUCACGGCUUAUACGAUAUUCAAACCCUUCCAAGCACUUCAGCUCUGCUUGAGCCUGCCCUUUCUCUGAUUUACUUAUGACCUUUGCCCUUUUCCACCAGUCAAAGUUCACUGAGUGGCUGCACGGGUUUUGAUUUGCUAUGGUUAUGGUUAUGGUUCAGCUAUGGCUGGUGGCUUUCUGCUGCGAAUGUUAAUUUGUUAUAAAAAAAGAUGCAAACAGUUUCUGGGCCGAAUAUGAAGCAUGACAGCUGGAAAAAAAUUGUUACAUUUUGACAUUGGCUUCA